UUUCAACAUGAAACAAGUAUGUUUACUUGCAUUGAUUCCCCUUCUGCAGACGUAUGGAUUUUCCGUACUCACAGACAACAGCAAUUCGUCUCUACUAGACAUGGGCGAACUGGAGUCGAAAAAUGUCGACGUUUUCCGACAGCUCCUCAACCAAGAAACGAUCAUCAGAAUGGCUCUAGUAAAGAAUGUUCAUGCAUUGAUGAAGGACAUGAUCGAACUUAAGCAGAAAAUGGAGACUCUGGAGUCUGCACAACAGAAAACAGACAUAGAAAUUGAUAAAAUAAAUCGUGUAAAAAUGGCGACUCUGCAACAGGAAGUAAAUAAACUUAAACGUGAAAACCAGAAACUUGAACUUGAAAAUAAGAGAUAUGAAGAUAUUUUCAAUACUAUCAAAGAAAACUUUACGCAAAUCAACGAGAAUUUGAGAGAAUUUGAAGAACAGUUUGAGGAGCGGAGAAAAGAAUUUGAGAAAAAUACGAGUUUGGUACUUGGCGAUCUGAAAAUUGAAGUUCGUUACCUUUCAGUCACCCUUUUGGAUUUAAAUAAACAUACACUGGAAUUAGACAAAAGUAUUCCUAAAAUGAUAGAGAGAAAAUAUGAACAAUUAUCUACAAAACUUAACAAUUCUUUGGAAACUAUGAAUAGUGAUUUGCUGAAAGCCAGCAAUAAGAUAUCGCGGUCAGUAACUGAUCUGAAACAUUCACAGAAUGCUGCUUUGUCUUCUAUCUUUGUUGACUUUAAUGCAUCAAUUGACAACAUGAAAGCAGAACUUAAACAGAAUCAGUAUGACCAACUGAAGCUCUCCUCUACAGUGUCAGCCCUCGAGGUGUUCCGAUUGAAUGUGACGAACAAUCAAUGUGAUUUAACCAAAAAAGUAGUCUUCACCGCUGGAGUGUCUUCUGCUAGUUCUUCCUGGAACAGUGGGACGUUAGUGUUUGAUAGAGUCAUGUACAGCAUUGGAGGGGGAUACGACUCGAGCACAGGGGUCUUUACUGCUCCAGACAGUGGACAUUAUGUGUUUUUUCAUAAUAUUCAAGCCUACGAUACAAAGUAUGUCAUGACAGAGAUUGUGUUAAACGGUAACCCAAAAGUGUUAGCUUUGGUUGCAUCUGGUGGCAAAUAUAAAGCCGGUCCAAAUCUAGCGGUAAUGCACCUCUCGAUUGGUGACAGGGUUUGGGUUAGGCGCUAUGGAGGUAGCAGUUACUAUACGGAAGGAAAAGCACCGGCCACCACUUUCUCAGGUUUUAAAAUAUAAGAUACUUUUUAUUUUAUACAUUUAAAAAAUUGUAUAAUUAGAAGAAUUUUAAGUAGCUUACUCAUGCAUUACCUCUUUAAGUUUGCUUUUGAUAUCCCUUAAAAGGACCCGAAUGUGAUCUAAGCGUUCUUGUUAUCCUUGCGUCUAAAACUAUACAGGCGGAUGGUGAGACGAAGAGCUUUAAGGAGGAUCAAAGGGAUCUAGAAUAUCCUCACAACUUGUUUGC